UCUUUCCUUGAAAAAAUUAAAAACAGCUUUAGAGAAAUCAGAAAUUAAGCUGCGUUGAGUUAAAGUCUCUAGUGGAGUACAUCAAUUCGAAAGCAGACGAUGUGCACAUCACCGGAAGUAAAUACUAGCUAGUGGUGGCGGUGGCUUUAAAACAAAUGCUUCCGAAGAAUGCAUUCAGUUAUUUCUUCCAAUAAGAGAUGAGUACCAAUGUCAGCCUGGCUAAUCCAGGCAUGAGCCUUGACUUUGACGCACAAGCUUUACAGGCCCAGGAAGAGGCAGAACGAGAGAGGGAGGACCAAGAGCAGCAGCAAGAGCUACGCCGGGUGAUACAAGAGUUUGGUGAGCAGGAUGAUCUACUUUCAGAAGCCUCAUCAGAUGGAGAUUCUGUAAAUCUAAGUCUCCUUUCAGGCCAAGACAGAUCAUACAACCAAAUUUCUGCUUUUGAACCAGUCCAUCAAGUGGUGAGCUCAGAGAGUCAAAGAUCUUUUUUUCAUCAGACAUCAAACUCCUCUCCUACUGUCAUUUACACUCCUCGAUCAGAUCACACAGCAAGGUCUGUUGGCCAAACUACAUCACACCAGACCCAUUCAUCAGCUUCUGACCAAAGCAUCAAGCUCCUUGGGCAUGAUGCAAGCCCGAAGACAGGUCAGGAGUACUACUGGGACUCAGGAGACCACCUACAACUGGGAAGUAGCUUACCAGAAAAUUUCACACACUACUGGAACACCCCAGCAGAGGACAAAGCUGGCAGAAAGAAUUUGCAACCUGAUCACAACAAACCAGGAGACAUCCCAAAUAAACUUUUAUCUUCGGAAAGUGAUGGUCAGCUGGCUCAUCACCUUGAGAAAUGUGCUGCCCAUGCUGGCCAACUCCAGGCUUCAAGCUAUGCUAAUAACAAUCACUAUUUACACAUUGAUGAGGGAAACCAAGCUGCUCAGUGGAUAGGUGAAAAUGCUGGUCCCAUGAAAAACAAUCUAUCAAAUGUGCCUAUUGAGUGGAGUGGAGCAUCAUGCAACAGAUUCUCCAAAGAUGAUAGUGACAGCCCCAUUCAGUUCUGGGAGUCUUCAUCUGAAGAUAGAAUCAAACCACUGGAUAUAAGCUUUGGUCACUAUGAUGGUAAAGAGAAGCAAAGAAGCAUAACUUUAGCCAAAGCCAUGCCAUCAGCUCAGGCACAGAAUAGAAACAGUGCAUUAGAGAAAGACUUCAGUGAUGACUAUAGAGUGAUGUACAAAAAUCCAAACAUUCAAACAUCAACAUCUGCUAAAUUGGCAGAGCUUGGCCGGAGAGAAAAAUUUAUGGAGCCAGCAGGAGAAAGUGAAGAAGCACAGCAAUUGUCACAACUACGCAUUCUGUAUGAGUCAAGAGGCCGUCGACUUGAAGAUUUAACAGCUGAACUUGAAGCUUUUCGUCAGGAAAGCAGCAAAGAGCGUCGAAUGCUUAAACACCAUCUUUCACUUGCUCAAGGUGAAAAGGAGGGUCUUGCAAAAAGCUUGAAGGAGUGCCAGCAGCUGCUGCAGGACACUAAAGAUGAGCAAGUGAAAACAUUAGGCAAACUCCGGGCAGUAGAACUUCAGGUGCAGGUGUUAAAGGAAGAGAAGGAUGAGGUUACAAGGCGUCAGCAGAGUGCAGAGACAACAAUUGAGAACCUUACUCACCAGCUGGCAGAGCUUCAUGAAUCAGAAAGUUUGUUAAAUGCCCGCAAACAACAUGAGUCCAUAGUAGCCAGUAUGCAGCAGCGAUACAAUGUAGAGCUUCAUACUUUGAAGGAGAAAUUAGAUGCUGCAACUGAAACUGUUUCAGAAAAGAACAAAGAAAUUGAAAAGUUGUGGCAACAAAUCGGGGAGCAAAGAAAACAAUUUGAGGAGCUCCAAAUUUCUCGUGCUGAUAUUAUAAACCAGUUGACUCGCCGGCUUGAGGAGAGUCAGCGACAGUGCCAGUCUCUUCUAGAAACAACCUCCAGUCAGGAAAUUGGUCGCUUAAAGGCUCAGCUUCAGCAGACACUGGCAUCAAAGAGGAUGUCUGAAGACAUGAUCAGCAGUCUGCAGGCUGAGGUAAAGGAGCUGAAACAGGAGCUUAGUAUGUUGGAAUCAGCCAGCUCAUUGGGGGUCAUUUCGCAUCAAGGUAAACUUUUCGCUGAUGAUUCCAUGACUGACCUUGGUAUCCGUAAGACUCUUGACUUCAGCAGUCCUGUCUCAGCUGGAAAGUUUGAUGGAAGCCAGCCCAGAGAAGAGCUGAUCACCAAUCUACGCCGAGAGCUUGAGCGAUGCCUAGGCAACAACAAGCAAAAACGGACAGCAGUGGCAGAGCUGCAGAAGGAGAAACAAGCCCUAGAAGAGAAACUUUUGCACCUGCAAGAGGAGCUAACAGGGGCUCAGACCAGCAUUCAGGAAAUGCAGGUAAAAUUAAAAAGCUUUGAGGAUCUUUAUGGUGGUGACCAUCAAGAAUCUGCUGUGGUGUCUCGAUUAAAGAAAGAUAUUGAAAAUCUUCAACAAGAAAAGAAGGCCUUGAUGCAAGAAGUGGAUGAUUACAAGAUGCGAGUAAAUGAGGUAGCAGCCAGUGAAGCACGACUUACAGAGAUCAAUCAGCAGCUGAACUUUCAUAUGUCUCAAAUGGUUCGUCAGCAUGAUCUUGACAAAACGGAGGCAUUGGAACGCUGUAAAAGGACUUGCGAAGAUAUACACAGGUCUUCAAGGGAAUUAAUGGAACGUGAUUUAAGCAGCAAGUUCUUUGCUGAUAAGCAAGAACUUUUAAUGAAGUAUGAAAGACAACUGGAAAUUCUCAGAGAAACUGCUGAAGGAGCCCAAGAAGAACUAGUAAAGGUCAAGGAGAUGUACAGUCAGGCCUGCCAAGACCUGGCCCAGCUGGAAGAGAAACUGCAUGGAGAGUAUAACAGUCGGUUGAAGAAUGAUGUGGCUGAGCUGAGAAAACAGCUGGAAGAGGAAAAUUUAGCAUUGAGGAAAGCUGAAGAACAAGAAAUUGCAGAGAGAGUACAACUGCAGCUGAAAUUAGAGCUGGAAGAGAAAUACAGAAAAGAACAGCUGUCGGAGACAGAGAAGCAAAUUGCGCAAGCCAGGGCAGAGUGGCAGCAGCAUCAGGAGGCAGUAGUUCAGGAGGCUGUGGCAGCAGCUGAAAGACAGUGGACUGAAAAGAUGGAGAAGCUUUCAGAAGAGAUGGAACAUAAAAUUGAAGCAGAGAGGAUACAAUGGGAGACUGAUCAGCAGUUACAGGUGGAAGUACAGCUAAAACAGCAUUUGGAGAGAGAAUAUCUUAGCUGGAAAAUCAAAGCUGAUAAAGAAACCCUGAAACAAGUAGAUGCAGCUGUUGGGGAUGCGCAGCAGAAAAUUUCAGAGCUCCAGGCAGAGCUUGCAGCUAGCCGCAGAGAACAUGCCGCAGAGUUGAAGAACCUAGAAGAUAAAAUUCAGCAGGAAGUGGCACAACGACAAGCCGAUCUGGAGCGGCACCUUAAGGCUCAGUCUGCUAUGGUCACAGAUAUUGAGAUGAAUCAGAAACUAGCAGAAAAGGAAGCAGAUCUUUUAGAAGAGUUUGAGAAGAGGCUUCAAGAUCAACUGGAAAAGUUAAGAGAGUCUAAAGCAGAGGAAUUGAAACAAUGCCUGAAAGACCAGGAAGAACAGCUGUCCAGAGACUGGCAGAAAAAGUUUGAGAUUGAAAUUAAUCAGGCUGUGAGCAAUGCAGUCGCUACCUGUGAAGCAAGUAACAUAGAAAAGAAUAAAAAGCAGACAGAAGCAGCUACACAGGAGGUGAUCAAGUGGAAGAUGCAGUUUGGGGAGCUUCAGGCUCAGCUCAAAAUGCAGGUACAAAAAUGGCAAGAUGAAAGAGUGCAGUUGUUGCAAGAGAAGGAUGAAGAGCGGCGCCAGGCAGUUGUCAGUGUCCGGCAGCAGUGUCAAAAUGAUUAUCAGCGUUUCAUAAGUGACAGCAAGGUCACGCUGAGUGCUGCACUUACAUCUGCUCGCCAAGAACAUGAACAGGAACUGGAGAAGCUUGCUGCUCGUCAUCAAGAGGAAAUAGCAGCACUACGAGAGUCUGAGCACGAACUGCAAAAGAUUGUGGCCACCUGGAACAAGAGUGACAGCCCGACCCAGCACAGAACAAAGCACCAGCUUAUGCAGAGGGCUGAGAAGCUGCAGCAGGAAGUGGAGAAGCGUGAGAAGCUGCUGCAGCAGGCUGAUGCCCACAUGCAGCAAGAGGUGGAAAAGCUGCGGGAGAGCAUGGCCCACAGCUAUGCCAAGCAGCGUGAGUCGGACCGGUUGCGACUGCAGCAUCAGCUAACCCAGUACAGCCAGGCCAUGCAACAGGGCCAGAGGGAGCGCACACAUCUGGAGCGACAGAUGGAGACAAUGGUAGAGGAGUUCCGUAAGGAGAAAGAUCUACUGGAGCAGCAGCUGCAGCAGAUUUCAAAAGAAUUGAAAGUGAAGAGCCAGACCGUGGUCAAACUGCAAAGUUAUGAAGAAGAUUACCAUGCUCAGGUGCAGCAGCUUCAGGACAUGGAGGAUGAAAAGCAAGUGCUACAAAAUCAGCUGGAAGAAAGAGAGAGUGAUAUAGAUUUGCUUUCACAAGAAAAAAACAAACUACAGCAAGUGCUGUCUGAAAUGGAAGCAGUGCAGAAAGAAGAAUGUAGCAAAAUGUCUGAAAAAUUGCAAGCUUGCCAAGCAGCAUUGAUGUCUCUGAAAGAAGAGAAGGAGAGUCUGAUAGAGAGACUGAGUACUACUCAGCAGAAGCAUGAAGUAGAGCUGGGGAAGUCUCACAAGCGGCUCGGUGAAGUAAGGGAGCGGCUUCACAAAAUGGAGGUUGCAUUAGCAGCAGUAAACAAGCAGCAUGUAGAAGAUAUGGAGAAAGUUCACCUCCGCCUGAGGACUGCUCAUCAGCAAGUAGAUGAGUUAACACAGCAGUUGGCUCAGACUCAAAAGGAAUAUAAGACAGCUUUGGAAGAAGUUGAGAAGCAACACCAGAAAGAAAAAAAGGAAAUGGCUGCUUGCUUCCAACAGCAGAUAGAACUUAGUCUUGCUGACACAUAUACACAGACGGACACAGAUGACUCUCUCAGCAGGCUAAAAGAUGAGUACAUUAAUACAAUGAAGAAAAUAAAAGGGGAAAUCAAGAGUCACAUCAGCCAAUCUAAUCUAAGGGCAGCAGUGACAUUGAGAACACGUUUGCGGCAGCAACGACUCCUUACUAUCAGACACUUAAGGCAGUGCUGCAAGUCUCGUCUUCAGUUGCUUCUGACUACAUGUGUAGAUGGGUCAGCAGGUGAAAACCUAUGGAUAACAGUUGAGCAAAAUCUGGAUUGCUUAUUUGAUUCUGUUAGUAGUGCUUUCUCCUCAACUCCCAGUGCUAGCACCACCACGACUCCUCGUUCAAUUGAAAAGAAAGAUCAAAGUUUGGAUGAGGACAAAAUCACUGACGGUCACCAGCUUGUCAGAACUAAAAUUUCAACCCACAAGGCCAGUUGUAGUUCUGGAAAAGGAUUCCACACACCUCUGUCAACACCUAGGAGUGUGGAGUCAGAACACCUAGCACUUCCAUCUCACUUAAGCAGAGUUGAACUCUUUGACCAGGGUCACCCAGAUGCAUCCAUUUCAGAGCUGCAAGGAUCUGGGAUCUUUUUUCCUCUUGUUUCAGAGGAAACUUCAUCUCUGACAGAUUUGCAUUCAGACAGUGACAUGGAGUCCAAACUUCAGCCAGUCAAACCCUGUUUUGUGACUGUAUCAUCAAAAAAUAAUGAUAAAAAUACAGAUCAAGAUAAAAUUAGAUCCCAAUUUUCUUGUGCUAAAUCAGAAAAUGUUCACCCUAAAAUUAUUAAAUCUUCUGACGUAGGAUCUCUGUCCCUUUGGACUUCCAAUCUACAUAAAGGCAGAGGUGAAGAAAAAAGUGAGGGGCUAGAGAAGGGGGAUAAUGCUGGAGAGUGGAGGGAAAUUGGUAUACAGAGCUGGAGUGAAGCAGAGGCAAUGCCCAAUCUCUGGCAAGCAUUCACAGAUGUGGCUGACCUGCGACUUGAAACAGAGAAAAAUCCACGUAAACAGCUUUAUUUUGACACAGAGACGGAUCUCAACAGCAAUGUGGGCAUAGGGAGAGGUGUGCUGUCUCCCAAAAUGACAGUCAGCCCUGCAAGAGACUUGAAUCCCCAAUCAAACGGGGUGUCAGAACAACGCAGUGCACUUCUGUCCAAGUCUGGAGACUUCACCAAGCACAUGAAAAAAUUCUCUGUGAGGUAUAAAAGCUUAGACAACUUACUUGUCAGUCCAGAGAGGGAUGAGGUCCCACACUCUACAUUGCCCGAAAGGGACCUCCAGUGGACACUCACUGGGAGCAUGUGUCAUAAUACUGUUGAUCACCUGCAGCUGAGUAAGACAGAAGUACCAAGAACUGGAACUGCAUGUACCAAAUACAGCUCACAAGGACAGUCAAAUUAUAGAACUGCAGCAAGUCAGCCGAGUCAAGGAAAAAAAUCUUUGAACUCUGUUGCAGCCAGACAUGAGUUUGGCAAAAAGGUGCCUGCUGUAAAUGAGUCGUGUACUUCUGUUUCCAGUAAAAGAAUCUCUGACAGCUUUUUAUUAGACCACACACCAAGAACCGUACAUAACAUCGAAAAACUGAUGAAUGGCAUGGAGCAAGAUAAUGCAGAACACACUUCCAAACAGCGAACACGUUCUGCAGAAAGCCUUGCCCAUAAAAAGAUUCUCUGCAGCAGCCCCAUUAGAGAUGCACAGAGUGUCAGGCUUUGGCAGGGACCUAGACUGAGCUUCACAUCAGAAGCUCAAGUAGAUACCAGCACCAAAGCUUGUACCACAGAACAAAUUAUUAGGGGUCUCCAACAGAAACUAAACCCAGAGCUUAUCCAUCAAAGUUUGGAGACUGAGAAACACGUGGAAAAGGCCUAUGCUCCUCUGUCCCAUUUGGGUAAAGCAAAGUGGCACUCAGAGCAGGUAUUGAAUGCUCUCAAGUGUGAACAAAGAGAUGAUGAUGGCAGUGAGGAUGUGUAUCAGUACACACCACUGAAGCAUUUUCUUGCACCCUCCUCAUCCACAAGUCUUCUGUCCACUUAUAGCGCAUCUGAAGGAGACCUUCGUUUUUUGCCUUACGAAAUUUCUGCCAAGUUCACGGAGCAGUUCUAGUUCUUAUAAGGCACUACGGUUGUGAUGUUGGAUGUGCAAGAAAUUGCACACCUACUUUUCAGUCUUACAUUCUUACCAAAUCACUUUUUUUCUGUUUCCUUUGGACGUUUCUUUCUGUUAUCUGGCUUUUAUGUAUUCAUGUAUCACACAUGAAUAGAUUAAACAUCUUAAUGUAUAUUUAUUUGCUAAAUACAUCCUGUUGAAACAUUAAUCAAAUGUUUUUCAGAUGUCUCAGCUUUCCCACCAGUGACAAGCUUUCGGUAGAUUUUUGUAUUUUUCUUCUGAUUUCUUUGUAAAAUUUGCUGAAAUAUUUAUUAUAUAAAUCUCAAAACAUGUAGCAUAUUUAAUGUACAUAUAUUGUAAAGUUGAUUUGAAAUUUCUAGAUGUAUAGAAAUUUUCCAAUUUGCCAAGUAGGAGGUAACUGUAUAAAAAUCUCACACAACAUAAAUACAGAUAUUGUGUUUGAGACUGUUAUGCUAUUUUAACUUCUUUAAUCAUCUUGCUUAUGACUGUAACUGAAUAAAAGUCUCAUCCAUAUCUUUACUUUUCCUUUUCUUCUAUUUGUUUAAUUUAUUUUUCUUGUCUCGUUUCUUUUUCUGUUUCUCUCCCCUUUCUGUCGGCGGUCUGGUGGUGUAACAGUUAAUGCCUGUCACCAAUACAGUGAAGGUUGGCUGUCCUUGGUUCAGCUCUCAUCUCGGGCACGUUGUUCAUUCUCUGCUAGUGGCAUCUGUUUACAGGGUUGGCUGCCUUGCCAUGAUAUAGCCUUCAUUGCUGGCUCAGCGUAAAACACCAAUGCCUCCCCAUUCUGUCCAUUCCUUGAGGCCUUAUGUACAUAGUUGUGACAUAAGAAUGAUAAGGAGUUAAUAAUGUUUCGUUUUGACAUUUUGGAUAUACAUUAAUAAGAUGAUGCAGUAUUUUUGCAACAGUCCACAGGCAGCCUAUUUCCGUCCACUUUAAAACCAUGUUUACUUCGAUAUAUUUAUACGAUUUUUUGGUAUUUCUGUCAUCAUCAUGCAUUGGGUGUUUGUGCAGUUCAGUAUGGUUGCAGGUGAAUAGGUAAGUCAAUUAAUGUGAAUUUGUUCAAUUAUAUAUGCCUGGAAAUGGCCAUGCCUCUGUAUGUAAAAUGCUAAGAUAGUGACUGCAUGCUUGUGUGCAAAUGGAAGAAAAAUAGAGCUUUCUUCAUUCUGCUGUCUUUUAUUAAUCAACCAGAUUUUAAGCCUCCCCUUCUCUUUAGGGGACAUAGCUAGUUUUUAAAAAGGUGUGUUUAUUUUACAGCUUUUAAUGGAUACUUGAAUAUUUUGUGUACAUUAUUAUUUGUCCUUCAAUCUUUGGAAUGAGAAUAAGCAGCAUCAUUUAUUUAGUUAUGUUGUCAGGAGUAGCUAAUUAAAAGAAGUAUUCUAUGACAUUAGCUGCUAGACCACUUUUUUAUGAAUGAAAUAUUAACACAAGUUAAUUUGCGAUGACAGUUUUAUUUAUUGAAUCUUGUAUGGUAAAAACUAGCCCAAAGCAUUUAAGUACAGUGGAAGUAUGGAGGCAUUAUUUUUUUCUACCCUAUGCUCAUCAUUAAAAUAUUAUUUAUAGCUGUUUGGAGGUUUUUUUUUAUAAUUGACACUUUUUCUGACACUUUUCUAUUUUUUCCAUUUUAAGAACAAAUAUUUUACCUCAGAUGGCUCCAAACAGUAUCUAUUGCCAGUUAGCUCUCAUGAAUAAGAGUGUGUGUGUGCUUGUAUGUGAGAGGAAGUAAGAGAGAUUAUUCAUAGUGCUAUCAUCUCCUCUAUCUAUUAUGAUCAUAUUUUUAUUAUUGGAAAGUCACUGUUUGCUGAUGCUGAAAAAAAUUAGUAACAAGAUAUCAUAGACUGUAACUGUGUGUUAAAAAAUGCUCAGUUCAGCAAAGUGCUUAUUAUCAAAUUUGUUUUUAUUGAUAAGCCAUCAUAUGAUAAAUUUUAUCAGCAUUUUUAAACUAAAUGCUUUGCCUGCAGAAUUUUUAAAUUAUUAGGAGAUAAUAAAAAUUUAUGUCUGCACUGUG